AUGGAAAUACAGGAUUCUGCACUUCGGUGGUAUCCGCCAUUUUUAAAACUGGCGUCGUUCCAGGUGGAAAUCGCCUCUUCUACGCCCUUUGGUUACGUCCUCAGGGACUGCAACCGCCGUGAGAGAUGCAGAGAAAGUAAUGUUAAAGCUGUGCAGGCGGCUUUUGAGAAGAAUCUCAAGGUGCUCGUGAGAGAUCAUCUGCAAAGUUGUAUCUCUGUCGACUCUGGCUCUCAAGAGAAUUCUCCUAAUCAAAUUUAUUCAUGGGUCGGUAGCCAAGACCUCAACAAUCGUCAGAAUAGCUUCAAAAUCUCCACCAACGAUAACAAAAACAACAAUAUUGGAGAAGAUGAUUGUUUGCAGAACACCAACAGGCCCUCGCGUGUUCUUGAUCGUUGGCCUGCAAGAGCAACAGCUGAUAAACCGGCCUUGGAGAGGCAAGCAUCGUCACCCAGAUUAUCCACUCCACGAACCGCAACAUCAUCCCCAAAAACAUUGAUUUCCAAAGAGGAAAGCUCAAACAAUUCUCAGGGUCCAUCUGAGAAUUCCUCCAGAGUCGAGAAUCUGGGAGCUUCCUCGCUCGUUCAGAUAUGGGAAGCGAGGAUGAACCGAUCAAACAGCAUAAAUGCGAGCCAAAGCCAAGGGAUAAGCUCAAGCAGGACUAGUUCUGGUUUGAGCAAUGUUGAAAGCGCACCGUCCAAUGAAGAAGCGGCCAGAGGGUCUGAAGUGGGUGAAUCUUUAGAUGAAAAAGACAAUAACCAGAAAAGUAAUGGGGAUGCCAUGAGGGAAAGGGAGUCACAAUCUGAUGUAACAAUCCAGAGCCAAUCACCCUGUGCUUCACAUGGCAGGGCUUCGUUAGGAGAGAGCGAAAGACCCAGAGUCGCUGAUAUAGUUAGGAGAUUGACGUCUGGAAGCGAUGAUUGCAGUGAUCAUGAGCAAGGUAACUCUGUAAAUGAGUCGCCAACUAGAGAACGCAAGCAAUCUUCUGCACCGGAUCAAGUAGAGCAAAGGUGUGCACCGCCGGUGAUAACGACUGGGGCUCGGAUAAGAGGACGACAAGCUUUCACAGAUUUGCUGAUGCAGAUUGAACGUGACAGAAAUAGGGAGUUAGAGUCAUUGGCUGGGCGCCAAGCAGUUUCAAAAUUCUCCCAACGUGGACGUCUUCAGGCAACACUUCGGCUUAGAAGUCUAGAACGCUGCUUGGCAAUUCAAGAUCGACAUCGCUCGAAGAUGACUGCAGCUGAUGUGAGCCGAUUACAGCAAGGUUCUGCAGCCAUGCUCUGGAGAGAGAAAGUUCGAGUGAAUGUUGAGCAGAACAAGGUAGCUCAGCCUGAUGCAAGAGCUCUAAGCAUAGAAAAUCUGAACAAAACAGUAGAAUCACAAAAUUCUUCAAAUGUUUCUAAAAAUUUUGAAGCAAAUAACUGUAAUGGAGCUUUUACUGGUGGAGAAUCAAGCAUAGUUCCAACAGAAGAACCAAUGUCUGACACAAGUAAAGAGCAAACAAAGCCAACCAUAAGUGAAGAGCAGGGAAUGUCAAGCACAGUCGAAGAACAAGUACAAGCCAUGUCAAGAAUAAGCGAAGACCUUCAAGAGGCAGCUAGUCAAACUUGUUCUGAGGUUAGUUAUUCCCACUCACGAGAAAUAGCAGAGACAGCAUUAUCUGAUGACUGGCAUGAAAGUGAAAGAGCAGAUGAAGAAGAGGUCAACAACCAGCAGCAUCUGAAUGGCUGGGAUGAAAAUGAGACAGAAGAAGAGGAUGAAGAAGAUGACGAUGAUGACCAGCACUAUUAUGUAGAUAACAGUUAUGACUGGUAUACAGAUAUCUCUCGCCCUAGGAGUUACUGGGAAGAACUGAGGCAAGCAUGGUAUCAGGAGGUGCUUAACACCAGCUCAGAAAAUCAGGAGAUACGACAACUACUUGAAAGAAGAACAGUCUCAACAUUUCUUGGAAGUGAUAUGCGAGAGAGAAUGGAUAGGUUGAUGAUUUCUCGCAUUCAAAUCCAAACAGAUAUGAAGGCCAAUCAAGAAGAAGAUUCUGAAGAUGAAGAUGCUCAAGAAAUGGCAAACCAGUGGAUGUUGUCAUACUUGCAGGGAGACACGGAUGCAAGGUACAGACAAGAGGAAGAAGAAGGGAGGCACGAUGUAGAAGUAGAGCGAGAAGAAGAACACCAACUAGAACAAGAAGAAGAAGGAAGACAUCAGGAAGAAGAAGACAGAGAAGAAGAACAGGUAGAAGAUGACGAUGAUGACGAAGAGGUAGAACAAGAAGAGAAUCUCUUUAAUCAUCAAUAUUUUGAAGCUUCGAGUGAUUAUUUCAGCCAAUCCUCUUCCCAACUGUUUCCAUCAUCUCCUAUGAGGUCAUGGACUUACAGAGAUCAGGAAGUAAGUGAUGAUUCUGAUCAAGUUACAUCCGAAUCUCAGCUUACGCCAUCUCAGCCUCAUUCUUACUCUAACAAUAGAUCAACCUUCCUCGUUCCCUGUAAAUCAACCUUCAACAGAAAUGGAGCUCGUGUAUGACUUAAGAGGACAUAUGCAGCAGCUUCAACGUGAGAUUUCUGAGUUAAGAGAUUCAAUAAAGUGCUGCAUGGAAAUGCAGCUAAAGUUGCAGCAGUGCAUUAACCAGGAAACUCUUUCAGUUAGAGGGGAUGAGAAGAGGAA